AUGCAAGUCCAGGAGUGUCCAUAUCCUUUUGUUUGUAGUGAAUACUCAACAUUGAAUUUGGAAUGGAUACGAGCUGAUGCAUUGAUGCCGACAAAUAAUUAUGCAGCAUUUUCUCAUAGUUUGAGUGGAACGAUGGUAUUAUCAUUGAUCUUGACGGUAUUAUAUGUGAUGAUACAGGGAAGAGGAAAGAGAUCGUUCCUGUCACUGUUCUCAAUCAUGUUCAUGGGAGUUUUUUCUCACUGGUUACUAGAUGUAGUCGUCCAUCGUCCAGACAUGAGUCUUUUCCCUCCUUUCACUCAAACAUUGAUUGGAAUGGGAGCUUGGCAUUAUUGGUCAAGAUUGUCCAAUCUUCUCUUGGAAUACUCAUGUGUUUAUAUUGGACUUGCUGGAAUCAUUGCCACAAGAAUUAUGAACUCGGGCAUGAAGGGAACUUCAUGGAGCUUCUGGAUUGCCUGUGGAUUAUUUACCAUUGUUGCAACUGUGUUAAAUUACGUAGCUCUCUAUGAUGAUACGGCAAGGAAAAUUGCUAGUACGGCUGUGGAUCAAGCAGUGUUGCAACCAGAUCAUGCCACUCCUGUUUGUUUCUCCUACUUGAUUUCAAUUUCCAUCUCAUACUUUAUGGACUCUUCACAGAUGUCAUUUGAGAAAUCAACAGAUGUGAAGAUCAAAAACACAACUCAGGCUUGUACUCCUUUAAAUCAGUACCAUCAUGAUUCCAUCAUAACUCCAGAACAACCAGCGACCAUGAGUAAGGCUUCACCUUGCCAAUCAGACAAAUCAACUCCCGUGGACUCUGCUCACGGCUCUUCACCUCAUUCCACUCAUGAUGGCCAGAGCUGUAAUCUUCAACAUGAUCAAGUUACUACUCCAAUCAAGAAGAAAAGUCAAAGGCUUGCUAUUUCUCCUUUCCAAAACACCGAGAGCAGUGAUUUCAAUCAAAAUGAGUCUCAUACCAAGCCUUGCACCAACAACAAAUUGAAGGAACAUUCUUCAAAUAGCUCACCUCUCUUGUCUGAUAUUUCUCCUUCUUACUCUUCAUUGGAAAGUGAUGAAGCGGAAUUGGACAUGUUAGCCUUUACUUCUCCAAUCGUAGAUCCAAGAACCAAUCACUUUGGAACCAUUCGUGGAGGAGCUCGAAUGGAAGAUUGCACGUUGGAAGAGGUUGACGGUGCAUUGAACCAUUUACAACUUCCAUCCAAAAACAAUUCUUCUUCACCAGAAGGAACCUCCUCCCAUGCUCUUGUUGAUGAAUUCACAGAGAGUGAUCAAUCGUCAUUAACAACUAAAAGUGAUGAUAUUUGUUUCACUCCAAGCCCACCCAUGUUGAGAGAGCAACAAGCAAUUCCUGAAUGGAGAAUUAAGGAUGAUAAGGAAGUAGCGUCUUCUCCUUCUGAUCUGUUCUCUGCUUUUGGAUCAACAAGAACUCCUGAUAAAAGAAGAGUCUCCAAGAUUUCACCUUCGUCUGGUACUUCUUAUGGUACCAUGAGCGCGAAUUCGAUCACUACACCAAACAAGUGCAAAGGAGCUUGGUUCAAUACCGGUUCCAACAGGUCAACACCACAAGUAUCAAGUUCAGACAAAAGUUUUCUGAGGUCGCCACUUUCCAAAGCUUGUGAAGAAGUGAAAACGAUCAGUAGACCCAUGCACGAACAAUUUCCAAUGGAGGUUAACAAGUUGCUUCACAAAUGGACUCACUUACAAAGACAUGCACCUCAUGCACUCCACGUACACUGUGCUAUUCUCAAGCAGAAAGCUCCUUGUCCUUCUCUAGUCACAAAUGCUUCUUCAUUCGAUUUUGAAUGCAAGUACAGACUCUUGAACCACGAGGGAGUUGUCUUGACGUCAAUCGGAACAAGUAACAGCAGGGUUCGAGCAAGAAAUAUGGCUGCCACAAGCAUGUUGAUUCAGCUUUAUCCAGAAUUUCAGGGAGAUGUGUUGCAAAUCAUGAAGCAUUUGGAUCAACAACUCAAAGAGAAGAAUAUUAAUCUGAGAAAGAUUAUUACCGACGAGAAUGAUGUUGCACACCAAGAAGAGACAUUCAAACUGAUUGAUGAAAAGGUCAUUAAGGAAGGUUUCAACCCAACUUCUACUGUCUGCACUCGUAAUGAAUCUCCACAUGGUGAAGGAACAAACAAAUGCAGUGACACUACGAAUUCACAAUUGACUGCCCAAAGCCCAUCCGAAAAUCCUUACGGUAGAGUUGGACCAUUUCCAAUGUUUGACCAAGUUACUGGUCUUCCAUUUCCUUUAGAGGAACCCAUUAAGGUACUCAAUGAAGUAAUCCAUUUGAAAGGUUUCAACUAUCCAACAUGUCGCCAUAAGGAGUUUCCAUCAAGCGAAGUGAUCUCUGGCCAACCUGCACAACACGGCGAAGGUGAAUUAGUUUUGAAUCGUCUCCCUACCAUUCAUUCAAUCAUUAUGGUUUUAGAAACUCACAAAGGAGUUUACUAUUCGGAAGGAAAAGGAUAUGACGUUCGCCAAGCAAAGAGUGAAUGCGCUUGGAAAAUGCUAAACUAUUUGUUCCCUUAUCUCAAUGGAAACUGGGCUCUCAUUUUGAACCAAAUCGAAAGAUUACGGGAGCAAAAGAGAAAGGAAAAGUUGCAAAAGAGAGAAUUUGGAGCUAAAAGAAAGCUUGACUUCUCCAACAUGAUGCCCACUGACGUAGGUUCAUCUGGAGUAUCAACUACUGGUCCUCCCCAAACAUCAACUGGAGAAGGAAAUGUGAAUUUGGAUGGAAAACUCAAGCAAACAAGUUCGAACUCAGCCACAGUGAGCGCACACAACCAAGUGCCUUCAUGUAAGAGUUGUGCUGUCACAUCCAUUCCUGUCCCUCCUCAACCAUUCAACAACAAUGGAUACCCCUUCUAUUUCAUUUCACCUGAGGGAAUUCCAUUGCAGACUCAACAACAUUUUCCCCCCAACAACAUGAUGAUGGUUCCGCCCAUGUAUUACCCACCCCCUCCAUCUUCACAAUUUUUCAAUCCAUACGUUCAUCAUCAGGUAAUGAGUAGUACUCCUCACCAUGCAAAUGUGUAUCAUCAUCCAUUUGGGUUUUUGCCUCAACAACCUAGCUCGUAUACUCCUCAACACGGACCAUUCUGGUUUUCAUAUGGAGGAUUUCAACAACAACCGCAACAACAUUCACCAAACUUUGGAUUUAUCCAACCAAGUUCAAAUGAUACCAACAAGAAGAAGUAG